GAUGGUAGCUCUAGGUAAUGGACAGAACUCAGGACAUGAGUCUGGAGUCUUCAAAACGUCUCGCGUCCCCCUUGUAAAGCUGUGUCAUCGUCUGUGUUGGUACUACACCUCCUGCAGGGCCUACACCUGGGUUAGAGGGACAGGGUCGUGUCAGCUCAGCAGAGACACCAGGGACACCUCACCUGACCCCUUCUCCCUCAGUCAGCAUCGUGUGUACUCGGACGCUCGGGCACCCCGUGAACUGAAGAGCGCCCAUCCUUGUACACGUCGACCAUGUGAUGUUGUUGAGGUGUGCGUACCUGUCGCGGCAGCCAGCGGACACCUGUGUCUGCGCAGAGGUGCAGUACAUACGCAACACUUUGAAUCCCAGGAUGUCACAUCUACCACCACCCCACCGCCAACUACAUCUACCGCAUCGACCACCACGACUCCUACCACGGCGGCAUCUCCCACAAAUACUGCUCCAACUACGACAGAAUCAACUGCCUCCGAUACCACUACUGCUACACCAACGACUACUACCGCAUCACCUCUCACGACCACUGCCGCUACAACUACAACAGUCACGACUCCACCUACAACUGCACCAGCUACUACAACUACAAUGCCUUCGGUAACAUCUACAGCAACUACAGCUGCGACAACUGAUGCUAUGACUACGACUGCUGCAAUCACGACUACAGUAGCCACAACUACUAUAGUUUCUACAACUACAACGGAAAUCACUACUGUGACUACAACAUCAACGACUACAACGACACCUACUACUACCAACAAACAUGCCUGUGUGAGUGACUGUAAGGGCCUGACCGGGUAUUACCACUCCUGCUCGUCCUGCAGCAAGUACGUCGUCUGCAGUUUCAUUGGUCUGUCGGAGUUGUCGUGUGGGCCAACAACAGAAUUUGAUGAUAUAAAAAAGAUUUGCACUUUAGCACCCUCGGCAACAUGCAACUAGAUACUCUUGCUCCGAGUUCACCACACUACAGGCCUACUGGAACCUUUACCAGGGUAUACACCUAGCCGAUACAUUACAUAGAUACUGU